UAUCCAUCUAAGAUCUAACUAGGGCUGCAAAUGAGCCGAGUCGAGUUUUACCCUAAUUUGAGUUCGGCUCGUUAAUAAUCGAGUCGAGCUCGAGCUCAGCUUGUUUAUUAACGAGCAGAGUCGAGCUGGAACUAGCUUGUUUAUUAAAAUCUUAAAUUUUAUUUGGUACUUCAUUUUGUAUAUCAUUAUACAUAUGAUUUAUUUUGUUAGCAAAUCUCAUAUUAUACUUUGUUGGUAUCAUAUUCAUUUAGUUAAUAAAUUUUAACGGCUCCAAAUCAUGUUAUUUCAUAGUAUCGAAGCAAUCUAUGAUGCAUAAUUUCUUUUUAAAGUAGAAAAUAAGAUAUAUUUGCUCACAUACUCAACGUGUUAAACUUUAUAUAUGGUGAGAUAUAUAAUUUAAUAACCAUAUAUGAAUUAAAAUCAUAAGAUAUAGAUUGAUUCAUCCAUAAGUUGGUGAUCGAGUUGGCUCUCUAGCCACAUGUUAAGACAUAUCAUGUUAUUCAUGAGCUCUAAACGAGCCAGUUCACAAGUUUAGCUCAACAAGCCACCGAGUCGAGCUAGCUCGCGAGCUUCACGAGCUAAACAAAGGUGAGCUCCUGUUCGGCUCGUUUAUUAACGAGUCGAGUUUCGAACGAGCUUUUUUCGAGUCGAACGCCGAGCCGCUCACGAGCAGCUCGGCUCAUUUGCAGCCCUAAAUCUAACCAUGUAGUCUUACUGCUACUACAGUCUACAAGGGUGAAAGAAAGUAAAACAAUUAGCCAAAGGUAAAGAAAGAGGAAAGUAAGGUCAUUGGCCAAAGGGAUCGAUAACAUGACUUAGAGAUCCAUUUGAUAAAUAGACUGGUAUGAAAAAAAAGAGAGAUAGAGAGUUAUUGUAGGCGGUAUUUCAUUAUUUCAUUGUGAUUGUGAAAAUAUUUUCCCUGUGGAAUUGGGAUUGUUGUCGGCGAGAGUCAAUUCUAUGAACAAGGUGAAAAGUAUCGUAUCAACAGUAUAAUUUAUAGCAGAAAAGUAAAACUGCAACCCCCAUUCAAAAUUUCCUGCUCAUAGAGUGAUUUUAGGAAGCUGAUGUGGCAGAGUGUUAAGCGGAAAAAAAAGAGUCCCGCCUGAUUUCAGAACCAAAAAACUCUCCACUACCCACUUUUUUCUCCGUCCAGGCCCACGUUCUCAUUUAAUUUGUAUAAAAAACUCUCCACUACCCACUUUUUUCUCCUUCCAGGCCCACGUUCUCAUUUAAUUUGUAUUAAUUUGUAUUUUUUAUUUCCGAUUUCCCUUCCUUCCACUCUUUCACCUCAUUCGAAUAAGUUUCUUGGCCUUCAGAAAACCAAACCUUGACUCAAUCAUCUGGUUCUUUUAUGUGCUUGCAUCUACCUUUGAUUUCCGUUCUCUAAGCGUUAGAUCGGUAUUGGUUUUGCCGUAAGUUAUUCUUCCUCUUUCAGAUUUCUAUUUGUUGUUGUCGCUGCUUUUAAGUUUUAGGGAUUCGGGUUCUGGUUUUUUUUUCAGGGAUUCGGUUGCAAAGAUUCAUCUCCCUUACCUUUGGUUCAUUCCAUUUUCUUUAUUCUCUCUUACCUUACUCGCUUCAUUCUGUUGAUUGGAUUCUCUAGAGAUCAAAAGGGGAUUUUUGAUUUUUCCCUUUCUCUUGAAAGUAACAAAGCUGCUUACUUUAAAUUCCACUUCGCUUAGACUGUCUUCCAGAGAGCAGCCGAUUGCCGAUUUUGAGCUGAGUUUUUCCGGGCCGCAGAGAAAGAAGAGGAAAGAAAGAGACGUUCGGCGGCGGCAGCCAGGUACUUCGUCCGGGUCGUUUUCCGGGUCAGUAAACCGAAGGGCCGGCUAUAAACUACCGCUGGCCUGGCGGGGGAAAAGGAAAGCGUAAACCAUAAGGCCUCGGGGAUCCAUUUCUCUCGCCAGCCCAUACUUCAGAGGCCCAGCCUACUUGAGUCCAGACCCAGCCCAUCGCCGACGAAAUUUGGCGCGCCGUCCCUCACCCGCCACCACGUAUGAGACAUAAUCAAUUUACUUUCUGAUGUUAACUCUGUUGCAGGUAAAUGUCAAAAUCCAACUUGAUCAGUAAGGUUUUCUCUCAUAUGUUUCUAGGUUAAUUAAUCUAAUGGGACUGGCUAUGAUCUGAUAAUGUACUUUCAGCUCUAAUCACUAAAGAAGUAUAAAGUAGGCGGUAUUGAUAAGCAUGCUCCACUGGUUAGUGUAUUGGUUCUACCAGGCUUUUUUCCCGUUAUUACAUAAGAUCAUUGGACAGUUUUAUCUCACUCCAUUAGUUUGUUUUAUUGUUCUUCAACUUCAUUUGCAUUGUAUUUGUAUUGUGACAUUAGAGUUGGAAUCCAUUUGUGCUAAAAGUACAAAGCGUAAACUGCAUAAUUGAAAGAAGGGAUAAGCUUGGUAUAGUUAGAAGAACUAGAAUUGGUAAGCACUUAUAGUGCUUUUCUUAUUGCCAGCUUGCUUCUUUUUCAAACUUCUCUUUGGAUAUGGUUUUUAUGGAUGCCUUUGAAUUAUAUUUGUGUUGGCCAUUACAUUGUUGUCCUUCUCGCUCUUCCUUUGCAUCCCCAAGCUUGGAAGCCAUUCUGUUAUAUGUGUUUUGUUCAUCAAUUUAAAUUAUGCCUUAUAUAGUUAUAUUUUUCUUCGACUGUUAUGUUUGUGUGGUGUGUUGUAUGUGUCAUUAACUCGCACAAACUUAUAAUUGGUGAGGAGUUCAACUUCUGUUGUAACAAUUAAUUAAUUUAUAUGAAUGGCAGCUGAAAAAUUUACUGGAACGGGUGCAUCAUUUACCACGACCUCUAUUUCAGAUUGCAUCAGGUUAUUGGAGAAUUUAAUAUGGAUAGUGCAAAUGUCAUCCCAUCUGCCCAACCACAGAUUUAUCGAUCGUCUGUACCAUGGAAACGUCGAGCAGUGUUUAUUCAUCCUGAAGAUCAGUACCAACGCUGUGUUUUAUCUGCUGAAGAGGAAGAAGCAUUUGAGAGAGAAGAAGCUGCCUUACAAUUCCAAUUCUCUCAACUUCGGCGAAUACUAUCCCAAGUCGCCCGUAAGAGAAGACAUCAUAUUUUGAAACAGAAGGUUCAUAGGAGGAGGGGCUUGCCUUUUGAACACCAAGGUUGUUGUUUGCUAAAUUUUGUAGCAAGUCUUACAAAUUAGACUAUUCUAGAUUGUUGAAUCUUUAUUUAUUUCUUUAAUAUUGUAUGUGUUUUGGUGUUGUUCAUAGUUUUGGAGCCGGAGUUUAGAUUUCUAUUAUAAAAGCAAAGUCGAUUACUUCGACGUAUUCAUCUGCAUAGAAAGAGACGUGGCCGAAGUUUCUUUCCUACAGAAGUCAAUCAAAGUAUGUGGAUUCUAAUGGCCACUAUUAUACAUGAAAUGGUUCAUCUCUAUUUUGGUUUAGUUUUUGUACAUUGGAUAUAUGUUUUUGUGUUCUGGUCAACAUAUUUUGUUUCCUAUUUUGGUUUUAGAACAUAUAAUGUACCCAUUUAUGUCAUGCAUAUAAUUUAGUGAUGUACGCUUCAUGUCACCUUAUGCAAAUAGUGGAUUGUUUUUAGAUGUUGAUGUGUCAACGACAAAUUUGUGUGUUAUGAACAAACUUUGGUGUUUCCUGAAAUUUGACUUAUUCUUACUUAAAAUGAGCGCUAUACCAAUCUAUCUUGCCUUGAGAACAUUUAUUUUAAUAAUUGUGUUUACUGUAG